UCAUUGCCUUUUACUUGGGAAAUUAUCGGAUUAGGUUAUAAGGAUUAAUUCAAAUMUUUAUUURAUCAAAUAAUUUAGUUAAGAUGAAUUAUGUUUUUUUUAUUGAUAAAAUAGAACAGGGCCUCUAAAGCGGAACUAAUUUAAUGAGGGGUUUUGUUUCAGUGAAAGCAGAGGAAUGUUUUGACCGCAGGACCGUUCCCAAACUUUGGUGGCUGGUGCUGGCCUGGUGAUAGUCUGCCAUGGAGAGAGAUGCAGUUGAUGGGGAUCUGCUGGACUGUCCCUGGGUACCAGUGUGUAUCAGUGGGUCUCAGCUCCUGGCCAAGACCUGGUUUGGGGACACAGCGUACCGCAUCCUGCUCACGGACCUGCACUCUGUGUGGGAGGAGGAGAUGGACACCAGGGCCAUCCAGGACAGAGCUCAGGAGCUGAACAGGCGAUUGCGGGCUCCCGUCCACGCCUUCUUCUCUCACAUGUGUGAGGUAGCUCACCCCUGUCUGUCUGGACGGGUGGAGGACGGGGGUGCGCUUCAGUUCUCCCUCAACCACCACGGCGGUGACAUCAACCUGAAGUUGAAGAGUGAGCUGGCUGGGGUGCCUUUCUACUGGGAAUUCCGCUGCACCCCUGCCCCUGUGGUUAUGGUGUGCAGUCAGCUUGUGCGCCCCCUGCUGUUGAUGAGCAGGUUACUGCAGAGACAGGUGGGCCAACUGGGAGCUCUGCUGGCCAGGAAAGACACUGAGCUCCAAGACUACAGAGACAAUGGGGCAGUGCUGAGCAGAGAGCGAUUGCAGACAGAGUUGUUUGAGGAACAAAGCUACAGAGAGAACUUCCUGACACAGACUGUGCCACAGGUAUGUGCGAGGCAGGGCAGUCUGGGGUUUGACUCUGAGCUGCAGGAGCUCUGCUCAGCCGUCACGUCCUACGGCAACACCAACGCUCGCAAACGUAAGAUCUCUGAGAGACACGCCCCCGAAGAGGAUGAAUCCACCACAGAGGCCCGUGACCCUGACCACGCCGCCAGCGGCACACAGCCCCCAGGAGAGGAGGUAAACCAUGGGCUGGACCAGGGGGAGAAGAGGCAGACUGGACAGGGGGACCGAGCCAGAACCACAGACUCARAGAUAUCUAAUGAGGAACAGACUACAGUUCCCAUGGCUGCUGCCGCAGAUCGGCCCGCCGCGCGACCCAAGAAGAAGAAAGCUAAGGGGCUUUUUGGAUGACCUCAGAACCUGUAGGGCACCGAACACUAUGGAGACUGUCUGCGUCUACGUCCCAAAUGACACGGUCAAAAGUASUGCACUAUGUAGGGAAUGGGGUGUCUUUUGGGACGCCGUCUAUGAGCACUACCACCUUACUUCAUGUGACAUGUUUUUCAAGUACUCAUCUACGGAGAUUUUUUUUAAACCAUUUUUUAAAAUUAAAUAAUUAGACAUGUUUUUCCUUGGCUGUUUCAUUGUUUGAUGGAUGUGUAUUUUUUUUAUUGUCUAAAUAAUAAAUAAAUAAAGUGUGACA